AUGGCGAUGUACACCUGUAAUCUCAGCUACUCAGAAGAAUCGGGCUAUGUGCUAUCUCUGGUCUGUCAGAACUCCUCCCAGUCUUGGUGUGAGAUCCCAAAUGUGUCGCAGCUGCAAGCUUCUUCUAUCCUUUAUGGAAACCUGAAUUCCAGCACAACCAACUGGAGCAUUUCAGCAAAUGUAGAAAACAAAUACAAUCUUUAUGUGGGCUUGCUACUGGCCAUAUGUUCUAGCAUUUUUAUUGGCUCUAGCUUCAUUUUGAAAAAGAAGGGACUCUUGCAACUGGCCAAUAAGGGUGUUACUAGAGCAGGACAAGGUGGACAUUCUUACCUCAAGGAAUGGGUGUGGUGGGCAGGAUUACUAUCAAUGGGAGCAGGAGAGGCUGCAAAUUUUGCAGCUUACGCAUUUGCACCUGCCACCUUGGUCACCCCACUGGGAGCUCUGAGUGUUCUUAUAAGUGCCAUCUUGUCUUCCUAUUUUUUAAAUGAGCAUUUGAACAUUCAUGGGAAAAUGGGCUGCAUAUUAAGUAUAUUGGGGUCAACUGUGAUGGUUAUCCAUGCCCCACAAGAAGAGGAAGUCACUUCUUUGCAUGAAAUGGAAAUGAAAUUGAGAGAUCCAGGAUUUGUUUCCUUUGCUGUGAUCAUAACUGUGAUCUCCUUGGUGCUGAUUUUGAUUGUGGCCCCCAGGAAAGGACAGACCAACAUAUUGGUCUAUAUAUCAAUCUGUUCUUUGAUUGGAGCAUUUUCAGUUUCUUCUGUCAAGGGCCUGGGAAUUGCCAUUAAGGAACUACUAGAGUGGAAGCCAGUUUACAAGAAUCCCCUGGUCUUUGUUUUGCUGGCUGUACUUGUGCUCUCAGUAACUACACAGAUUAACUAUCUCAACAAAGCACUGGAUACUUUUAAUACGUCUCUGGUGACCCCCAUCUAUUAUGUCUUCUUCACCUCCAUGGUAGUGACUUGCUCUGCCAUCUUAUUCCAGGAGUGGUAUGGUAUGAAUGCUGGAGAUGUCAUCGGGACCCUCAGUGGGUUCUUCACCAUUAUCAAUGGCAUUUUCCUUCUACAUGCUUUUAAAAAUACUGACAUUACCUGGAGUGAACUGACAUCCUCUGCUAAGAAAGACAUCCUUUCUCCAAAUGGCAACGAGAACAGUUAUGUUUUACUAGAGAACUUAGAAAGUUUGACCCCAGGAUAUGAUGAUGAUGUCACCUUAUUUAGCAGGACUGAAGAUCAGAGUCCCCAUAAAGCCUGA